GAGGGUGCUGGGGUUGUAGGUAGCAGCAGUGAGUUCCAUGCAGAUGAGCAUCCUAUGGAAUUGGAAUCACAAUUGGAAGAAGAACAUGAAGUCGAUGAUGAAGGAGAAGGCACUACUGCUAACACUAUGGCUAAUAUUGAAGGAGAAUAAGAAGAUGAUGAUGAUGAGGAUGAAGAGGAAGAAGGGUAUAAAUUCAGGUUCAGUGAUGACAUGGAUCCUCUGGCUUUUACCAAAGAGGACGCAUCUGGGCUCCAGCCUUACGAACAAUUCCAGCGCCUGGAGCACGACUAUGAAGCUUUGGCUGCCAAAAAGCGCAAGGCCCGUCUCCAAGCCAUACCCCAAGGGGAAGUACCUGCAGCUAAAAAACCACGGCAACGACAAGAGGAUGUUUCUGGUGCAACCAUGGAAGAAAUAAUGGAACUCAUGAAUUAUGGCUCUAGAAGAAGAUCCAGGAAGGUAUGGUAUUCAUGCAUGUUCACUUUUUUCCACCAUAGCUUUGUGCUUUCACCAAUUUUUGCUCUUGCACUUGUGGCUAAGUUGGAGGAUUUCGAGCUUAACUAGUCUAGACAAUUUCAAAAUCAUGUCUUUUUCUUGUAAC